AUGGAUGCUAUAGAGGCAAGAUUGCAAUUUAUUCAGAUAUUGAAGACUAUAACGAAGCAACCCACGGCUGUGGACUUCUAUUUUAAUAAUUAUAAACAUCACUAUGAAGAUUUUGAACAGUGUAUAAUCGACACGAUGAGUAAGACCCAACCUGUAUUAAACAGAUUAAACAUCCUGUUAUACUACGUUGAAUUGAUUGUAGGUGUGCUAGAAAGGUUAAAUAUGAAUCAGGGCAAUGAUUUCAAUUUUAUGAUUUUCAUCAAAUUUCAGAUACCUAAUCUUGUUAAGAUAAUAAGGUUAUCUAUAAUUCAAGAAGACAUAUUUUCUUUCGUCAAUCUACAGAAUGUUGUGGACGCGUUUGCUAAGAUCAAGCAUGCUUUACAAACACACGUUAAUGCUUCAUUAAUGGAAGAGGCCGUAGUAAAAUCGAAUUUCCAGGAAUUAGAGACAUUUAUUCAAGAGAUGUGUAAUGCAAGAGACGCUAAAUUUGAACAGUAUACGAAAAAUACUACGAUUUUCCAGGAAGAGACCAUAAGUCAAAAUGAUGUAUUGAAUCGAAUGGAGGCAGAUAGAGAGAGACACAAGAGAACGAAAGAAAGUAAUUGGAUCGUUGAGCGUGCAACUCUUCCUAAUGAUUCUAAUAAAAACGUAAUGCUACAAUACAGCGAGUUUGAUAGUAUGUGGAACGGAACCAACAAGAUAGACGAAGUCGAUAUGAGCUAUAUAAGACAACUGAACGAAAUUUCGACCAACAGUAGCUAUGUCGUUAGAUAG